GAAGCAGAAACGCAAGCAUUCGUCGCCUGUUUCCGACCUCUCUGAGUCUGCAGACAUUAGUCUAGCUCAGCCUACUGCCUCUCGCCCUCACAGCUUGUCACCAUGGCUCGACCCACACUUCUAGCGCUUUCCCUCGCGCUUCUCGUCGUCGCAGCGCGCGCUGGUAGCCCGAUUACGAGCUCCUCCGCGAACGAGAAGCCAGACCCGAGCGGGAAGAAAGACGACGGGCUCAUGACUGACAUCCCGAAAGACAUCGCGAAACAGGCCGCUGCUGGUAACGCGGAGGGUGUUACAUACGUCGAUACCGCACAGGAUACGUUUUUCAUGGCUGAUGUGAAGAAGGCCGGGUGGAACGCGCAGAAAUGCCCGCCCGGUUUGAACAAGGAGCUCGCGGGCGCGUGCACGCCGAAGAAUUGCUCCAAGGGCGGAUUCGCUGCAAAGUGGAAAACCGCGUAUCUGCAGAAGAACAAGCUGGGUUUCGAGUUGUACGUGCCUGGCAACCCGCUGACCCUGCUCAAGGCGAACCCCGCGUCUUGCUGUAACACGUGCGCCGCUACACCGCUCUGCACCUACUGGCAAUACAUCCCCGAUAUUACCAUCGACGGGAAGAAGGGCAAGGGCGCGUGCUACCUCAUCCACGACCAAAUUGACUUCACCUGCGGAGAAAUGACCGCGCAGUACAGCACCGAGACGAAGCCCGUGCAUCUUCAGGUGCGUAUCGGCGGCGAGUGCAACCCGAGCGCGAAAAUCCUCAACGACCCGCAUUUGGUGGGCGCGCACGGCACGCACUUCGACUUCAAUGGCCGCCCCGACAAGGCGUUCUGCUUGUUGACGGACCGCGACCUCCACGUGAAUAUGCUUCUUAGGGGGUAUUACGACGAGAAGACCGCCGACAACGCCGCGGUUGUGGUCGACGGGAAGGCGGUGCACACGUGGAUUAAGGAGCUCGGUAUCGUGUGGACUGCGGCGGGUGCGGAUCAUAAGGUUCGGAUCGCGGCGCGCAGCGGCAAGCAGCAGGAGCGCGGCGACGGGUUCGUGAAGAGCAUCGAGAUCGACGGCGACUCGAUCCCUCGCAUGCAGGUCGGCGAUAGGGUUACCAGCGCCGGCGGGCUGACGAUCGAAUUUCGCGGGCUGGAGAAGGAAGGUCCGUUUGACGUGGAUUACUACCUCCUCUCCAUCGACGGGCUGAUUUCCCUCGACCUGCGCCUGCGCGUCGCGCAUCCCAAGCUGCAGACCCCGACUGAGGCCGAGGCGCACAUCAACGUCGGGAUUGCCGAGCUGGAGCACACGCAGGAGAUUCACGGCGUGCUCGGGCAGACCUACCGCGCGGAUCACGCUGCGCGCGCCGCGGAUUUCCAGCGCUUGAUCGCGAGCCUGCACCGUCCGAUCGCCGCCGAUGCCGCCGAGGGGAAGGGGUUCUUGGAUGGGACCCCCCGGUCGUACGAGGCGAGUGAUGUGCUUGCGGUGGACUGCGCUUAUACCGCGUAUGGCCGCGCCAGGAAGGUGAUGCCCGUGCAGGAAUUCCCGUAAAGAGCUGACUCGGUGGGCUGAUAGUGGGCUGAAAGUGGGCUGAAUUUGGAUUGAUUGUGGGCUGAGUGGGUUUAUGGUGGGCUGAUACUGUAGUAGGUUGUAUUGUAUGGUGGGCUGGAUGUGUCAUGGGACAUUUGUUCAUUCCUACCGUAUGUUUUUUCUUGAUUGAUGUAUCAGAAUGUUCCAUGUUCUCUUUCUACUAAAGCUUACGAUACUCCACGGAAUGCAU